AUCAGUCGCAAAGUGCAAAGUUAUUUCACGGUGCUGAUAACGGAGUGAUAGGUAUCCUACAGUGACAUUAAUCUGUUUGGAGUUAUAAAUGUCGUGUUAUCUCUUGGAAUAGGUACAAACUCGAGGCGAAAAUGCAAAUAGAUUUGAUCACAGUGGCAGCCAUCGGCGCCAUAAUUCUUCUAGUGGUUCACUAUAUAUCGAAGAAAUACCAAUAUUUUCUGUCAAAGCCAAUACCUUGUCUCAAACCGACGUUCUUUUUCGGAAAUAAUGCCCCUCUGCUGUUUCGCAAGCUGGAUAUGGUGACACAUAUUAACAGGAUGUACCGCACAUUUCCCGAUUCUAAAUUUGUUGGAUUUUACGACUUCAUGAAACCAACAUACAUGUUACGUGACCCCGCGGUGAUCAAACAGAUCGGUGUGAAAGACUUCGACUAUUUCACCGAUCACACGGCUAUAUUUAACACUUCGGAGGACGACGAUAGCCUGUUCGGAAAUUCACUGUUUGCGCUGCGAGGUCAAAAAUGGCGCGAUAUGAGGGCUACCCUGAGUCCGGCCUUCACCGGAAGUAAAAUGCGGCACAUGUUCGAACUGGUGGCCCAUUGUGCCCAAACCAUGAACGAAUUCUUCCGAGCGGAAACGGAAGCCGGAAAGCCGCUGGAGUACGAAAUGAAGGAGACUUUCUCGAGAAUCGGGAACGAUGUUAUCGCUACGGUUGCAUUUGGUAUUCAGGUAGAUUCGCUGAAGGAGCGCGAAAAUGAGUUUUAUACGAAGGGAAAACGAUUGGUCGACUUUCAAUCUGUUAAGGCAGUAACGAAAUUCUUGAUGAUGAGGGCUACACCUGGAUUGGCGCGAAAGAUGGGAAUUGAAUUUAUUGAUUCGGAUUUAACAAACUAUUUUAAACGAAUGAUCGUUGACAAUAUGAAACAGAGAGAAAGUCACGGAAUUGUACGUAAUGACAUGAUUCACAUACUGAUGGAAGUUCGGAAAGGUGCCUUAAAGCAUUCGAAAGAUGAGCACGAUCAGAAGGAUGCAGGUUUUGCGACAGCUCAAGAGUCCACUGUUGGAAAGGCAACCCACUCUCGGGAGUGGACGGAGAACGAAUUGGUUUCGCAGUGUUUUCUGUUCUUCCUAGCAGGAUUUGAAACCGUCUCAACGUGCAUGAUGUUCACGACGUAUGAACUGGCGGUUAAUCCUGACAUUCAAAAUCGUCUUUACGAAGAGAUUAAGGCCACCGAGCAAUCACUCAACAACGAACCGUUGAAUUAUGAAGUGCUGCAAAAAAUGACGUACAUGGAUAAGGUCGUUUCGGAAUCCCUUCGUAGGUGGCCUCCGGCCGUGGUUUCGGAUCGAAUAUGUGUUAAAGAUUAUCGGUACGACGACGGCGCUGGAACAGUAUUCACAAUAGAAAAGGGACACUCCAUUUGGAUGCCAGCGAUAGCUAUUCAGAAUGAUCCGAAAUACUACCCGAACCCGGAAAAGUUUGAUCCGGAGCGCUUCGAUCAGCAAAACCUAUCGAAAAUCGAUACCGGAACGUAUAUUCCCUUUGGGAUUGGUCCCCGUAAUUGCAUCGGAUCCCGUUUAGCGCUAAUGGAGGUGAAAUUGAUGUUGUACUACCUGUUGAAGGAUUUUGUGAUGGAACCGACCGAAAGGACGGAUAUUCCGUUGCGAAUUAAGAAGAAUGCAAUUACCCUCCAGGCGGAGAAUGGUGUGUGGGUGAAGUUGAGAGCAAGAAAUGAAAUUAAUGGGGAGACCAUAAAUUAGUUACGGAAAACUGAGUUGUUCAGGCCGAAGAUGUCUUGUAACUUUGUUGAGUAAAUUGUUGUAAGUUGUGCCUCUUGAAUAUUUGUUACUGUGAUUUGAAAAUUUGUAUUAUGGAAAAAGCUGUCAAUUUCCAAAGUGUUAAUAACAUUUUGCCACAUUAUACUGCUUCUGUAAUCAAUGUAGUCGGUAAUAUAAGUGUUCAAGAAUUUAAAGUGUCUUAGAAUUUUAGGUAACAAUAAUAUUUGUUAGUUUUUAACCAAAAUGGAACUGUAAACCUGGAGACUAGUCUAAAGUUCAU